UUUGCGUAUUUCUCAUCCAUUUGUGUGCGCAGCUUCUUAUGGUUGUCUCGCUUUCAAGAACAUUUCCUCCAUGUGGAUAUUCUUGAUGUACGGGAUCUUCUUGGUUUGACUACAAAUAAAGCAAAUAAAAAAACAGGAUCCCCAAACGCAAGGAUUUCAUCAAGGGACUGCAACAUCGGGGGAAACGAACAUUUCCGCACCGACUUUGGUUUCCCCGUUUCCGUUUCUAGCAUGAUGUCAUACCUCAAACAGGCCCCGUACGGCAUGAACGGAAUGGGCCUCAGCGGUACGGCCAUGGACCUACUGCACCCAUCAGUGGGGUAUCCAGAUCGAAAUGGCUUCGAAGAGUUUCCAUUGACAGGUUUCUAUUCCAUUUCAGCGCAUCCGAGGAAACAGCGGAGAGAGAGGACAACUUUUACUCGCACUCAGCUGGACAUUCUGGAGUCCCUUUUCGGCAAGACGCGCUACCCAGACAUUUUCAUGCGGGAAGAAGUCGCACUGAAAAUCAAUUUGCCUGAGUCUAGAGUCCAAGUAUGGUUCAAGAACAGGAGAGCCAAGUGCCGUCAGCAGGCCCAGAGUGGAAACAAUGCUAAAGUCCGGCCUGCCAAGAAGAAGUCCUCUCCAACCAGGGAGAGCACAGGCUCAGAGAGCAGUGGUCAGUUCACCCCUCCGGCAGUGACCAGCACCGGCUCCUCUUCCUCUUCCUCUGCCUCGUCCGGUGGCUCUCAUCCCUCCGGCCAUGGAGGCCAAGGCCUGAGCAGCACUUCUACCUCCGUGACUGCCCCAGUGUCCUCCAUCUGGAGCCCUGCGCCCAUCUCCCCGGCCCCCGCACCACCCCCUGUCCCCGACCCCGCUCCCCCAACCAGUGCCUCCUGCAUGCAGAGGUCUGUGUCAGGUACUGGAGGCACGUCCUCCUACCCGGUGUCCUACAGCCAGACAGCGGCGUCCUAUGGGCAGGGCUACCCCGCCCCGGCGUCAACGGGCUCCUACUUCGGAGGGGUGGAAUGCAGCUCGUACCUGGCCCCCAUGCACUCUCACCACCACCCCCACCAUCCGCACCAGCUCAGCCCCAUGACGGGCUCCUCCAUGUCUGGCCACCCGCACCACCAUAUAGGGCAGACCUCAGGGCACCACCACCAUCACCACCCCCACCACCACCAGGCCUACAGCGGGGCCGGCCUGGCCUUCAACUCCUCAGACUGUCUGGAUUACAAAGAACAAACGGCCGCGGCCGCAGCCUCUUCAUGGAAGCUCAACUUCAACACCACCGACUGCUUGGACUACAAAGACCAGGCCUCCUCUUGGCGGUUCCAAGUCUUGUGACUUUUUUUCCCCCUUUCAAAUAAGUAUUUUUGUUUAGUUUUUUUGUUGAAGAGCUAUUUUCUUCAAAGCAUUAAGAAGUUAACUAAUAGUAGAGACAAUUAUCAAGCCUUUUUUAAGUUAAUGAUUGGAGAAUUCAAGUAACGCACAGAUGAAAAAGCCUGUCCAGGUGGCUUCUUCUUUGACCAUUUUAUGAAUCAACAAGCUUGAAUUGGAUCCACUUACCCAUACUUUGGGACAUCAAGGAAUAUUUUUCUACACAUGAACUCUGAAAACUGCCCUCCAACAAGUUCAAAGUAUGUAGUUUAUCCCUUUGAGUUAGAAUAGUUUUUUUCAGGAUGGAGCAAGAGCUCUGUGUUAUGGAUUUGCCAUAAAUAUUCCCAAGAACGAGCAAUUGAGGGUGAAACUUUGUCACAAAAUUUGUUUUAUGGAAAAAUAUGAUAUUUUAUGCUCAUGUAUUUGAUAUAGGCCUACCCAUUAGAGACCAUUUAAAAUGAGAAAUUAAAGAUGCUGCUAUUGUUUUCAGUUUGCUGAUAUUCAAAUUUAUGUUAAUUCCAACUUGAAUAUUGUUCAUUGUCCGGACUGUAGUGUUGUAUUUUGGAAGUUUAAUUGCAGCACUUGUUUAUAAGGUCAAAGAUUUUGCUAUUGUUCUUUACGAAGAAAAUGUGAAUUAGACGCGCAAUGUCAGUAUUCCAAUGAAAUUUAAAAUGUACAUUCGUGUCUUUAUAAUAAAGAUUCGUUAAAAACACGGUUGGUUUUUCCAAUGCAAAGAGUGUUCUUAUCUGAAUGUAGUGGUGCCUAGUGGUGCUUUUGUUGGCAGGUUUAGAUUACAUUCAUUUAAAUACUUGGACGGCCUUCAGAACAUUAUUAAGGAAUGAACAUAUUUUAAAAGUAGUAUAUUGUAAGCAAAUGUCAUUUUAAAUUCUAAAUUCAAAGGCUAAUAAUGGACUUGGCCUAAAGAUGGUUUAAUUUCUUUAUCCAUGUGCCACUAUUACCAUUAUGAUUAGGGCUCUGUGUUUUGUGCUGUCAUGUGACAUGCCUUGAUUUGAACGUGUAUUUAUAGCCUUUGUCAUCAAACUAUCCUCUUUUCAUGUCAGAUAUUCCAGCACCAUCCUUAAAGAAUUGCUUACAUUUUGGGCGGAUUUCUCAUUUCUGCAUCAAGCUUAAAAGGCAGGAUAACAUCUUGCUAUGUCAUAUGAUCACGCGAAACACAGGGCCCUAACUAUGAUAUAUUUUCAUUAUCCCCCUGAGAGAAGUUGUCAUUUUUAUAUGAAUGUUGAUGAGACAAAGUAGCACAACACAUUUUUAUAUGAAUGUUGAUGAGACAAAGUAGCACAACACAUGUUUACCUCCUGUUCAACCCGUCUCCGUUCAUGUCAAAUCGAAGACCGACAGGUAUGUUAUUUUUGACUUAACAUUCGGUGAACACAAAAUAAAAUAACCAAAAUCAUGCCCUUAGAUUAUCCCAUUUUAUAAUAGGCCUACUUCAUUGAUAUAUUUAUUAACAAG